AUGCCUCAUGACUCCUUAUUUCCGGCGACUUGGAUCAGGGACCUUGAGAGGAUCUUUGACGUUCUACAAUGCAAUGACCUAGACAAGAUAAGGUGUGUCGUGUUCCAAGUCCGAGGCAAAGCCGAUGCUUGGUGGCGUUCAUCCAAGGAGAACUUUUGGGCCAAAUACCCUAAUGCUACUUGGGCACAAUUUAUCGAGGCCUUCCUUGAGAACUACUUCCCUCGGAACUUCCGUGAUAAGAAGGAGAUGGAGUUCUCGACCUUAAGUCAAGGAUCCAAGUCUGUCCUUGAUUACCAACACGCGUUCGAGGAUCUCUUCUAUUUUUCCCUGGAGCACAAGAAGGCCGAGGAUGUCAAAGCAAGAAAGUUUGAGAGAGGUUUGAGGCACAGUAUUAGCACUUCGGUGGUCCUACACAGGUACCCCACUUAUGCUGAAGUGGUGCAAGCCGCCAAGGUCAUCGAAGACCAGUAG